GCCGCUCGGCUCCUUUAAGGGAGCGGGAGGGAGCGGCGAGGCGGCGGCGGUUGCGGUGGAGGCGGCCGAGCAGGCGGGGCGGGGGCGGGGCGCGGCGCCCGGAGAGUCCGCUCCGGCCGAAGGCGCCGGGGCCGGGCCGGGAGCGAGCAGCGCCGGCAGCACAGCGGAGCCCGCCGCCCGGGACAUGGCUAAGGCGGGCAGCGCAGGUGGCCCGUCCCCGGGUGGCGGUGCCCCCUGGCACCUUCGGAAUGUCCUCAGUGAUUCAGUGGAGAGCUCAGAUGAUGAAUUCUUUGAUGCUAGAGAGGAGGUGGCUGAAGGAAAGAAUGCCAUCCUUAUUGGAAUGAGCCAGUGGAGCUCCAAUGACCUGGUGGAGCAGAUUGAGACCAUGGGGAAGCUGGAUGAGCAUCAAGGAGAAGGGGCCACAGCGUGCACGUCCAGCAUCUUGCAAGAGAAGCAGCGAGAACUGUACCGGGUGUCCCUUAGAAGGCAGAAGUUCCCAGCCCAAGGAAGCAUCGAGAUCCACGAAGAUGGCGAGGAAGGCUGCUCACAGCGCUCCUGCAAGACACAUGUCCUUCUGCUGGUGCUGCAUGGGGGCAACGUCCUGGACACCGGCUCUGGUGACCCUUCCUGCAAAGCAGCCGACAUUCACACUUUCAGCUCUGUGCUGGAGAAGGUCAUGCGCGCCCACUUCCCUGCUGCCCUGGGACACAUCCUCAUCAAGUUCGUCCCUUGUCCUGCCAUCUGCUCGGAGGCUUUCUCGCUCGUCUCUAACCUGAACCCCUAUAGCCACGACGAGGGCUGCCUCAGUACCAGCCAGGACCACGUUCCCCUGGCUGCCCUUCCCCUGCUGGCCAUCUCCUCCCCACAGUACCAGGAUGCUGUUGCCACUGUCAUCGAGCGAGCCAACCACAUCUAUGGCGAGUUUCUCAAGUCCUCUGAUGGGAUUGGCUUCAGUGGGCAGGUGUGUCUCAUCGGGGACUGUGUGGGCGGCCUCCUGGCUUUCGAUGCCAUCUGCUACAGUGCGGGGCCCUCAGGGGACAGCCCUGGCAGCAGCAGCCGGAAGGGGAGCAUCAGCAGUACCCAGGACACCCCUGUGGUGGUGGAGGAGGACUGCAAUCUGGCCAGCAGCAAGCGUCUUAGCAAGAGCAACAUUGAUGUCUCCAGUGGAGUGGAGGAUGAGGACCCCAAGAGGCCAUUGACCCGGAAACAGAGCGACUCCUCCACAUAUGACUGCGAGGCUAUCACCCAGCAUCACGCCUUCCUCUCAAGCAUCCACUCCAGUGUGCUGAAGGAUGAGGCCGAGGCUCCUGCCGCUGGCACACCCCAGCUCUCUGAGGUCAGCCUGGGUCGCUUUGACUUUGACGUAUCUGACUUCUUCCUCUUCGGCUCACCCCUGGGCCUGGUCCUGGCCAUGCGGAGGACAGUGCUGCCUGGGAUAGAUGGUUUCCAGAUGCGUCCUGCCUGUAGCCAGGUCUACAGCUUCUUCCACUGUGCAGAUCCCUCUGCUUCACGGCUUGAGCCACUGCUGGAGCCCAAGUUCCACCUGGUGCCUCCUGUCAGCGUGCCUCGCUACCAGAGAUUCCCCCUGGGCGAUGGACAGUCUCUCCUGCUCGCUGAUGCCCUGCACACCCACAGCCCCUUAUUCCUGGAGGGCAGCUCCCGGGGAAGCCCCCCGCUUCUGGAUGCCCCUGCCUCACCCCCUCAGGCCCCAAGAUCCCAGCGCCCAGAACGGAGGCUAAGCGAAGGCAGCUCCCAUAGCGACAGUUCAGAGUCCUCGGACAGCCUGGCACCUAUGGGUGCCUCCCGCAUCACAGCCAAGUGGUGGGGAACCAAGAGGAUUGACUAUGCUCUGUACUGCCCGGAUGUCCUUACCGCCUUCCCCACAGUGGCCCUGCCCCACCUCUUCCAUGCCAGUUACUGGGAGUCUACUGAUGUGGUUGCCUUCAUCUUGAGACAGGUGAUGCGUUACGAGAGUGCAAGUGUGAAGGAAAGCACUGGUCUGGACCCCACAGCUCUGAGCCCCGCUAACCCCCGGGAGAAGUGGCUGCGAAAGCGAACCCAGGUCAAGUUGCGGAAUGUUACCGCGAACCACCGUGCCAAUGAUGUAAUUGCUGCUGAAGAUGGCCCCCAGGUCUUGGUGGGGCGCUUCAUGUAUGGCCCUCUUGACAUGGUAGCUCUGACUGGAGAGAAGGUGGACAUCCUGGUGAUGACAGAGCCAUCGUCAGGCCGCUGGGUCCACCUGGACACAGAAAUCACCAACAACAGUGGCAGAAUCACGUACAAUGUGCCCCGGCCCCGGCGUCUGGGGGUUGGUGUCUACCCUGUAAAGAUGGUGGUCAGGGGUGACCAGACCUGUGCGAUGAGCUACCUCACGGUGCUGCCCCGAGGCAUGGAGUGUGUUGUGUUCAGCAUUGAUGGGUCCUUUGCUGCCAGUGUGUCUAUCAUGGGAAGUGACCCCAAGGUCCGGCCAGGAGCAGUGGAUGUUGUUCGGCACUGGCAGGACCUGGGCUACAUGAUUCUUUACAUCACGGGGCGGCCGGACAUGCAGAAGCAGCGGGUGGUGUCAUGGCUGUCCCAGCACAACUUCCCACAGGGCAUGAUCUUCUUCUCGGACGGACUGGUGCACGACCCACUAAGGCAGAAGGCCAUCUUCCUUCGCAACCUCAUGCAGGAGUGUUUCAUCAAAAUCACUGCUGCCUACGGCUCCACGAAAGAUAUCUCUGUCUACAGUGUGCUGGGCCUCCCUGCCUCCCAGAUCUUCAUUGUGGGCCGGCCCACCAAGAAGUACCAAACCCAGUGCCAGUUCCUGAGUGAAGGCUACGCAGCACACCUGGCGGCACUGGAGGCCAGCCACCGCUCUCGCCCUAAGAAGAACAACUCGCGCAUGAUCCUGCGCAAGGGCAGCUUUGGGCUGCACGCACAGCCGGAGUUUCUGCGCAAGCGCAACCACCUGCGCAGGACCAUGUCGGUGCAGCAACCGGACCCACCGGCCACCAACCCCAAGCCCGAGCGGGCUCAGAGCCAGCCCGAGUCUGACAAGGACCACGAGCGGCCUCUGCCUGCUCUCAGCUGGGCGCGUGGGGCCCCCAAGUUCGAGUCAGUGCCCUGAGGGUUGGGCGGUGCUCGGUACAGUGGGCGCAGCUAGGCGGCCUGCAGGGAUGGGAAGGGUUGCCUUCUCCGACACAGGCGUUUUCCUGCUUUUUCCCUCCCGUGUCUGUCCAGCAGUGUCCGACCAGAGCAGGGAGGGACCUUGCCCUGACAUUGGGGAGCUCUCUGGGCUGCGAUGGGGUGAAAUCCGGGGUGUCUCAGUGAAGCCGCCGCCGCCUCCCCACUCCUGUGCCCACAAGCUGGAGUCAGGGGUAAUGUGUGUGUGUGACCCUGGGGCCAAGCCUGCCUGUGCCAGUGUUUGGGUAAAGUUGACCAUCUAUUUGAGUGCUGAGGUUUCUGUAGCCUCCCUAGGCAGGCUCUAACAUGAGAAGCCUCCCUCGCUGGGCACUCGGCCAGGCAGGUGGCCGAUUGCAGGUACAGUAACUGUCUGUAGAGGAGUAAGUGGCAUUUAUGCCUGCCCUCCUUGUGACAUCCGGGGCACCACUUUGGGGCUGGCUGUCUUAUGACACAGAGAUAUCAGUUUAUGGGAGAAGAUAUUCCCUGGGUCCAAUCUAUGUAUGUGGAGUUUGUCCACAACCCUGGGGACCGGGCCUGGUGCUGACUGUCUUGCAGCUGUCUUUUGUCUCCUUUCUUGUUCUCGGUAUCCUUAUUCUCCCGUGGCCCUUGAAGACAGACAGUCCUCUUCCCCGAGUCUUGCCUUGUGCAGCUGUGAACUCAGCCCCAACUUGGUCUGGCUGCGUGCCCUGGAGUCUGUAGCAUACCUACUCUUUGGGCGCUGCCUUUUUUUUCCGUAACUAGAGGCGGCUGAGAUGGGUACUGGGUUUGACUCCUAGGCUGUCUAGCAUUUCUGCUCUCUAGGGCUUUUCAGAGCGCCCAGUGGGCCUCCUCCUCCUCCUCCCAUCCCUCCCCAUCCUGGGAGAGGGUUUCUGGGGAUGGAGCUGAAAGGGAGUCCAACACUUCAUAGGAAGGAAGCCGCUGCUUCAUGGAGAACAAGCUGGUUUGUGUAACUCAGAGGGAAACAGAAAGGCGACAACAUGGCUGCCGUUCCCAUAGCUCUGUUCAGGCUCACAUUUCCCUUUAGGUUUCUGGAAAGAACAGAGCUGAGAUCUUGAGUUCUGGAGGUUCAUGGAAUAUUGACUCAAACCGUUGUAUUCUCUUCCUCUCCCUGGCCACUCAGUUUGGUUUGAGCCUAGAACCUUCUCUAGGGCAGGUAGACCCCCUUAGCGUGGUGGCAGAGGGGUGUCUCCUUGUGCCCCUGGCCUUGCCACAGGCCUCCCCUUGCUCCCUGGCCUGGGCUGAUACCUGCUGCAUGGCCUGGGUGUCUUGGGGCCCUCUGAGCUGCCACUGAGGCCAGGGCCAAAUACCUGUGUACACUGCAGGCAUGUGUCAGCCCAGUGUUGCUUCUGCUCAAUGUCUACCUCUUGCAGCUCCCAUGCAGCCCGAGGUGGCUGUCGAUGGGGGUGGCUGGCACCAUGUUGUGAGUUGCCCAGCAACCUGGGUGCCUCACUGGGGCUGGAAGGGGGUGUGGGCUUCCAGUAGCCACCCUGCUCUCUCCACUCAAAUGUGUUCUCCAGCCUGCCAGCUCCUGUUCCC